AUGGCCGUAACGACAUUUCCAUCCGAGGGAUCUCCAGAUCUCGCUCUUCUCAAUGUUGCUCGCCUCUUCACCAGACUCGAGCAUAAUCUCCUCUCUCCGGGGACAGACCGGCGGGCAUUCCAACAAUCAGAAUACCAGCGAAUGCGCGUGAACAAGAACGUCGAAUACGCCCGCUUACUCCUCACCCAACUCGAGCGCUCCCUCCCACAAACUAAACCCCUCGACCGCAAACACGAAGCACAAGCCGAGAUCGCGCGCGACAGACAGCUCCUGAAACGCAUACAGACUGUCCUCGAGGAAGAAGCAGCCAAAGCCGAAGCGAAGCAAGAUGAGGAAGACGAGACCGACGACAUCGACGACGAAUGGAAGGAGCUAUUCUCCAAGCCCGUCACCGAGAAGAAAACUGUCUCGCGCAAAGAUCAGCAGAUACCGGCAAAACCAUCAGAUUCGCAACGAGAAGUAAAAACAGAGAGCCAAACCACGAUUACCUCUUCCGCAACAGCGACUCCAGCAACAACAACCCCAACAUCCACACCCUCAUCAACAAGCCUACCAGCACAAGCAUCACCCCCGACCUUACGAAACCGCUACACAACCCACCCCGCACCACCCUUAUCCACUGAAAAAGCAGCUGCGACUGGAAGGGAUACAACCAAGCUCUCCGGAACAGAAUCCGAACUGAGCACCCACAGACUGGAACAGGAAGAUCUGACAAGCUCUCUCCUCGCGCUUGCUUCGCAGCUGAAAGCCUCCUCGCAUAACUUCCAGGCGACGCUGGAAGGCGAGAAGUCGGCGUUGGACCGCGCGGUGUCGGGCAUCGACCGCACGAGUACCACGAUGGAGGCGGCGGGUAAGAGGAUGGGGAUGUUGCGCAAGAUGACGGAGGGUAAAGGGUUGUGGGGGCGGAUGAUGCUGUAUGCGUGGAUUUUCGGGCUAUGGGUUGUUGCUAUUCUGCUUGUUUAUGUUGGGCCGAAGUUGAGGUUUUGA